AUGUAUGGACUUCUUUUUCGCACCGGCCGCCAUGCUGAACAAGCACGUCGCUGCACCGAGCGCAAACAGUGCAAGCUUUCCAUGUCAAAUGCAUUUCGUAAGCGCGCGCGAACCACGCGAAUCAAAGAGCGUCCCAUUCCUACUACUCGGGAUGACACGCAACCUCCAAUUUCGAUUGAGGUAUGGGGGAUGUUUACGGUUAAGCAACAAAAGUUGGUGUUCUUCAACAUCAAAACUGGGAUCUGGGAAUGUAUCCUAUUCACCUCAGUCUGCAUUUGGCAGUGGGGCAAUGAAGCCGAGAACGUGGUGGCUUCACUGCACAUGUGA